AACCAGGAAAAUGACAGGGAAUUGACCUAAAGGCUAAAUGGAAGGAUAUAUAGUUACCAAGUGAGUAAUUCAAGAUUAUACUGAAGUCAUCACUACCAGGGGGAGUAACCAUACCACAGUAGGAAAAAUACCAACAAUUAGCUUUAUUCUACAGUAAUCAAGCAGAUUGUGGACAAGAUGUGGAUCCAGACGGAGACGUUGAUGAAACAGCUUGGAAACCCAGGGCGGUAUCAAGUAGUGAUAUUCUUUCUGCUAGCCUUUAACUACAAUUCGAUAACCUUCAAUCACCUUGUGAUGGCUUUCUAUGGUUCUACUCCUUCACAUUUCUGUAUUAAUCCAGCUCUUCAGCCUCCCCAAUCUCCAUCAGAGCAGUCCUCAAACCAACAGUCAUGGGUAGCCGACAACAGGUAUAGUGUGGCUAAUCGGACCAUUACUAGUGUGAAGUAUGAUCAAUGUGGCAGUGUUUACUAUCUAAAGGGUGGAGCUAACGUGUCUGUUGACUGUACAACAGAUGUCACCAGCGAGUGGGUCUACAUGAAGAACUCACGGGAGUCUACUAUAGUAACAGAGUGGGAUUUGGUGUGUGACUCGUCUUUCCUGGCAAAGGUGGCCACGACAGUGUAUUUCUGUGGUGUGAUGGUGGGAGGACUAGUGUUUGGUAUUCUAGCAGACAAACUUGGCCGAAAACCUGUGAUGUUGAUCACCCUGUAUGUUCCCAUCCUCAUCGGUAUUGGCAUCUCUUUCGCCAACAGUUACCAUCUCUUCCUCAUCCUUAGGUUCUUCCAGGGUGCAUUCAUGCAGGGUCUGCAGACAUCUACCUUCGUCCUUGCUAUGGAGUUGUUCUUGCCCCAGUACAGAGGUGUAGCUGGAGCAGUACUGGAGUUGUGUUGGGGUAUUAAUGUGGUGACGCUAGCAGGGGUUGCUUACCUGUUUCAGUCCUGGCGGUACAUCCAGCUGGCUAUAACUCUACCCAGCCUCCUGACUCUUCCCUACUUUUGGCUGAUUCCUGAAUCACCACGUUGGCUGCUGACAAGACACCGAUUCAAAGAGGCGGAGAAAUGGAUAAGUAAGAUGACCAAGUACAACAAACUGGAAUACCCGUCCCAAAUGAUGGAGGAUAUCAAGCUCCAUCUGGACAAAAGUGAGGCUACGUCUGCACGUCAGUACACAUUCUUGGACUUGGUCGCCACACCCAGAAUCAGGACUCGCAGCUUCGUACUGUUUUACCUCUGGUUUGCCGUAGCCGUUGGUUACUAUGGGCUUUCCUUCAGUGUGACAAGUCUCCCUGGCAACAAAUAUUUUAACUUUGCUACUGGUGGAUCAGUUGAGUUGGUGGCCUACAUCCUGGUGGUGAUCAUCAUUCAAUGCUUUGGAAGAAGGAGGUCACUGGCGGCUUUCUUCAUGGUAGGAGCAUUGUCUUGUAUAACUGCUGGUAUCCUGUCAUUCUUCAGUGAGCAAGGAAGCAUGAUGUCGCAAUUCUCCACUGGUUUUGCUGUAUUUGGAAAGUUUGGUAUGGGCGGUGUGUUCAGUCUGACCUUCCUGUACACCUCCGAGCUGUACCCCACUGUCAUAAGAAACAUUGGAAUGGGGAGCUGUGCAUUCUGGGCCCGUUUUGGUGGAGUAGUGGCGCCACUUGUCCUUAUGCUGGGGGAUGUUACCCACAAGUCUAUAUCUGUUGUUGUGUUUGGUUCAAUCACAUUGAUUGCCGGAUUCAUGACCCUUCUUCUCCCAGAAACUCUUGGACAAAAACUUCCUGAUACUAUCGGGGACACAGAGAGUCUUCGUAAUUACAGACAUGACCAGGAGGAGGAUGUUGCAUUGAAACAGGCGCUGGCGCCCCAGGGUGACGAAGUCAUUAACAUGACUGACAAGUUGAGAACCGAUGUGUCUGUACAUGACACUACCAAACAUUGAGCUUGUUAUUGGUUUGCUUCUUACUGAAUUAUGCUUUGUUUUUACACUGGAAUGUUGAUCUGAGAAAUUUGCUUUUAAAAGUUUUAUUUUGUAGUUGUUAUACUUUACAAGUGUGAAAUGAAGAAAUGUUUCUUUGCAAGGUAGAUUCAAUCACUCUCUGUUCAACUUGAUUUGAAAUUUGAAAGAGAUAAAUGCUUUAUUGAUAUUGAAAAGAGUGACUGAUUAUUAAAAAGUUAUAACUAGUAGUGCAUUACCUUUAGAUUACUAAUGUCACUGAUCAUUUUUAUGAUGUGCAAGAUUUUUAGUUCUAGCUCUCAGUUAUGAUGUCUUAUGGUGUUUCAAAAAGUUGAUUUCAGUGGUAAUUUUUGAAAAUAAUUAACAAAUUACCCCCAUUGAAACUUCAGACCACUUCAGGAUAUUGUUUUGUUGAUAUCUUCUCAGCAUCAGAUUGAUGAAUCAACUUUAUUGAAUAUCAUUCCUGAAUGGAUUUUAGUAUUUUAUUUAAAUGUAUAGCCAGGAAGAGAUCAAAUUGAUUUCAAACUGAAAAUAUAUAGAUUUAAAAUUCAGCAAAAUAAUUACAUGACAAACAUAUGCAUUAUAUUUUUUUAAACUAUAGUUAAGUAUAUUUGUCCCAGUUUGUAGUUCCUGUGCUAGUAUUGUUUUAUUUUUAAUUGUAAAUAUGUAUCAUCAUUAUAUAUAUAUAUACUUUUCUGCGCUGUUCUGGGGAAGUGUGUACUGCUGUUAUAGAUGCGUAACAGUAUUAGGAUAAGUAACCGUUUAUAUCUAACCAUACAAAAAUCCUGCAACCAUUUUACGGUUAACACGAUAAUGAAGCCUAUUUAGAUGAUUUAUUGUGGUCUGGUAUGAUGUUCGGUUGUCACUUUGCUGUUCGAUCAUAACAGUAGUACCUUCUUCUUUUUAAAAAAACAAAGCUUUAAAAAACCAAAAUAUAAAGAAGUAGCCAGUUUUUGUGUGGUGCAGACCUAAUGAUAAAUAAUGUGCUUUACGGGGCUGCUAAUGAGCAUCAGUAGAUUAUAGGAGGUUUUGUUACUGGUCUGAUUCUUGUCAAUCAUUAGUGACUAGACAGACUGGUUAAUGGA